AACCUCGUCUCCGCUGGCUGUUUAAUAUUUGACACAGUACACAAGCUCAUCCCGCGUAAGCUAAUCGAACGCACCAACUAGAUAAGACACAAGCUUACCUACAGAACAAGUGACAUAUGUGUUGAGCUAAUGAGGUGGACUGGAUUCUGUGAAACCUACAGCUUAAGGGGUAGUUUGCGGUGUUGAUGCAGUGGCAGAAUCCACAAUGGCAGAAUCCACGUUACAGUUGCCUCGAGACGGCAGUACGCGGCGUAGGCGUAACGACACAAAUGAUGCCGGUAGUGAUGCUCUGAAUUCGCUGCCAGAAGUGUGGAGGGUGCUUCUAGACCCUUCCAAAAAGGUCAUCGAUGACACUUGCCUAGAGAAGCUUUUAUCCUGGAUGACAGAGCUGGCCAACUCGCCAGCAGCCUUACAGAUGAUUUUAGAUAAGAAGACUGGCGUCAUUAGAUUUCUACAGCAAUCACUGGACCCAAAAUGCAACCUCGCCGGCCGCGUCUUUGCCUUGAGACUGUCCGCUGUUUUACUGAACUCACUGAAUAGACACUCAGCCAUGACUCAGCUGCCCAAUGACUAUUCAGAAGGAGACGGCCCAAGAUUUGACAUUGAUGCACAUGAGAGCAGUAACGUCCUGCACCUCAAGUAUGUUUCUGUGAUGAGUGACUUAAUUGAGCAGCUUCUCGUGAGUGCUUACAAAUCAGCGGAUUGGCAAAAAGCUUCGAUACGAAAUGCCUGGUUUGCCUCAGCGGGAGCACUGAUUGGCAGUGGGUGCCCAUCGGAAAUCACUCAGAGAUUAGAUUUUGUGGACAUUGCUGUAAGUUCCCUCGAAGACAACUGUUUGUUCGUGGUUUCUGCCUUGCAACAAUUCCUUGUGGACUUGAUUACAACAAUGCACACUUCUUGUGUUGGAGUAAACCGGGUGACCACAUGCACAACCCAAGACCAGGCUUUGUACAGCAAAGAUGAAAUGACCAGUCAGCGCGACUGCACGGACGUGACCGAUCGGCGAGCUACUUUGCCUCUGGAUGAGACCGAAGAACACAUAGAAUCUCCACAGAAGAGAAGUAGGCUUGACUUGAGUAAGGCACAUCCAAUCGAGAAGCAAAGUUGUAAUUGCCGCGACCAGCUGAAGACGUGUCUACAGAAAAUGACAGAAAUCUUGGCACCAGUUCCAUCGCUACAGCCACAACAGUUGGGUACAACUAACUGCCGAAUGAAACUUGGGACUGCAACUUUGGGAGUCUUAACCAAACUUGUUGAAUCAAAGCCAACCGUGGCUCACUCAAUCUUAGCGGACAUGUGUAUAAUAUCUAUCAUCUCAGAUCUUCUGUCUAGGUCCCACAUAUCAUCAGACAUGUGCAGUGCGGCAGUGGACUUUGUGUCGUCAUUCCUGCAAACGCUCGAUCCAGAGAGUGAACUUCUAGCUGUUGUGAUUGGUCUACCGUUUCAGCUCAUGAAUAUUCAUCAGUUUGUAGCUGCCAUUCAUCUGGCAUCAAAUGUUUUCAGUACCACUCAGUUGUCCAAGUUGAGAAGAAACGACUCCAUUUUACAACUGCAAAGUGAUGACUUUGGAUCGCUAUUGAGACUUGUAAUGCUUCCAAUUGACUGCCUGCUUCCUGAGCAUCAAACUAUAGCGGAAUUACCUUCAGCAUUCAACACCUCUAAAGACCAUCUGCUUCAGGAUAUGUCUGGACAUAAAUGCCGUUGCAUAACAAUACUGUGUCAUUGUUUGUCUGCAUUAGAAAGAAUGGUUGAUAAGGGUUUGUACGCUGUUAUCAGCCAGCAUACCGAUUUGAUGGAUUGUGCAUCCUACAUUCUGAGUUUGACCCUAGGUCAAAGGUCGCAUCGUGUCCACAAUUCCUUGAGGUGUCAUUUACUCGCAUCAGUCAAGGUUACAAAAGCUGUGUUAAGUUUAGCAGUGACAACAAUUGCCUCAACGGUCGGCAGGAACAUCAGAUUAGCUGAAUCCACCUUGAUGAGCUUGUUUCUUCAGCUAGUGGAGGUUUUGAAAAACCCUGAAUCUAAUGCGACUAUCAUCACCAAAUGCCUUGAUGUUCUUGCUCGGUUGUUGCCUGCGUAUGCCUCAGAGCUGAAGCACACAGAUCCGAUGAUAGUCCUUGGUGAAACCAUGACUAAGAGAUUGUGCGACCCUCAGUGGGCCAUCCGAGAUUCGGCGAUCUGUUUCCUUCAAAGUCUGCUAAACUCUCAAACUGAUGCAUUUUGUGACUGGUUCAAGUAUUACAAAUUCCAUGUGCAUAUCGUGGAUUGCAUUCAUGAUGGGGAAAGCUUUGUGAAUGCCACAGCAAUGAGUGCAUUGGUUGACAUCUCCAGACAGCAAGAACUCUGGUUGGAUUUGUUGCAGCAGACUGGAAAGACAGAGUGUUCAUUGGUCGGAGAGUUUGUCAACUUCAUUCUCGAUGAUAGCCAAGGAUCAUUUAUGCGCCGAGCCACAGUGAAUGCAUUUACAAAAUGGCUGAGUGUGUUUCCAUGGUUACAGACAGGCCUCCGUGUUCAGUGCCAAGACUCCUCUGACAAGUUACGCACCAGAAAGCAAGCAAGCAAUGUUGACACUCUGGCAGAUGUACAUGCUGGCCCGCGUAACAUGCACGAGAAACUGUCCAUGGCUUCACAGAUACGGUGUGCCAUCUCAUCUGCCAUGUUUGAUCGGGAUUGGGAAGUAAAGCACGGGGCUUUGAUAUUCUGGCAAACUCUACUCGAAAUGUACUUGCCUACAAGAAAUGACACCACACCCCCCGACAUGAACAGAAGGAUACAAAAUUCUCAACGGGACUUACCCAAGUCUCACAAAAACGACUUGUGUGAAGUUACCAGAAUUCCUGAUGACCCAACUACAUCGCUGGUUAAUUUUGUGCACGUCCUCAAAGAGGAAGCGCUGAUUGGCAGACUUGCGGCAGUCUUAGAAGAUGAAGAUCCAACCGUAGCUAGACGGGCAUGUCAGAUGCUUCUGGACUUGUACAAAUGCCUUCAAACAGAGAUGGCCGUGAGCGGACUGAAUGAUUCAAGCCUGGCCGAAUUCAUGGAGAAAACACAGGUUGAACUCCGAGAGAUGAAUCUGGUGGACCUGCUGAAAGAGAAAACGAGAACAGGACACAUUAAUGGAGAGAAGCCACUCUCAUUAAUUCACGAUAUUCUUGCUGGCACUGAAGAAAGUGACAGCAAAUUCUUAGAUUGCUACUAAAUCUCUCUUCUCAGUACUUUCUCAGGACAGUUUACCAGGCAACUCUAAUCAUUCCAAAUACUUUAUCUCCAAUCAAAUGCAAGGUUCUAACCUGUGUUGAUGGUAAUGCAUCAUGCAAAUUAUUACACUAAAAUAUCAAACCACACUAGAAAUAGAAUGUUAUAUUUGGUCCAAGUGCUAUAUACAAGCAUGUAUAUUCAUAUGUGUCAUUGGUUGGAUAUUCCAUUUGGGAGAAUUCAGAAGUCUAUGGAAAUUUUGCACAGGGCUUUAAAGUUAUGGAAAUGGCAACUUACCUCAAAAUGGCUGCAUUUACGCAUGCAUGUUGACAUUCGGGUUUUUUUUUUUUUUUGGUUUUUUAUUCCUAAGCUCAUGUGAGCAUUUGUAAUGCAAGACAUUUUCCAGGCUAACAGCAUUAUGAUCAAAUACCACUUUAGUUAAUUGUUACAUAGAAUUCUUGCCGGUGGUACCGAGCCAUCAACAAAUUCAUCAAAUCCAGUUGAAUCUAGCGACAAUGAGAACAUGCACUGUAGAUGCAGAGGGUAGAAACUGUCCUUUUCAAGAUUGACGAGUCUAUGCUAAGAAUAGCUUAGGACAAACUGUGCAAUUUGAAAAUACAGCCGAACCUCGUUAAUAAGAGUGCCGUUAAUACAAGACUCUGCUUGUAACAAGGAAACUUUUAAGUUUCAAUCCUUUGAUUCCACUGAUUUCAUUUCUAAUAUAACGUUCCUGUUAUAACAAGGUCAUCAGCAAAGGCUAAAGGUCCUCCUACUGGCAAGGUUCAACUGUAUUCAGAGUUUAUAACUGUUAACACAAAGUAUAUCAUGCAUCCCUUAUAAACCAAAAUGUUUCUCUAGCAUAUUUAUUCAAUCAGUCUUUAGGAAGUAUUUUGUGUGAGGUAACCACAGAAUAAAACAGAAGUUACAUGUA